AUGGGUCAAGAGCUGUGUUCAAAUGCUCGCCAGCCAAGAUGCAGCUGCUAUCGCUCAGAGGAAAGAGCCCGCAGCUGCCAAAGGAGUCAGCCUGUGGCGGUGGAUUCUGCAUUAGAGCUCACAGACCUAAGAGAAGCAUCACGCUCCAUGACUUCACUGCACCCCAAGGGAUCACAUGCAUCCCAGGCCCGGAAGUUUAGGAGUAAAAGGCCAAGGAGCAACAGUGAUUCUUUCCAAGAAAAGGACCUUGAACAAGGUUUUCCAUGGAGGAAGAGCCUUCCAUUCGGAGCUGCCUCAUCUUACUUGAAUUUGGAAAAGCUAGGUGAAGGCACUUAUGCUACAGUCUAUAAGGGAAUCAGCCGAAUAAAUGGUCAGCUCGUUGCUUUGAAAGUCAUCAGUAUGAACACCGAAGAAGGGGUCCCUUUCACAGCCAUUCGAGAAGCCUCCCUCCUGAAGGGUUUGAAGCAUGCCAAUAUUGUGCUCCUGCAUGACAUUAUCCACACCAAAGAGACCCUGACUUUUGUUUUUGAAUACAUGCAUACUGACUUGGCCCAAUAUAUGUCUCAACAUCCAGGAGGUCUUCAUCCUCACAAUGUCAAGCUCUUCAUGUUUCAACUUUUGCGGGGCCUGGCUUAUAUCCACCAUCAACACAUUCUUCACCGAGAUCUGAAACCUCAAAACUUACUCAUCAGUUAUCUUGGAGAACUCAAAUUAGCUGAUUUUGGUCUUGCUAGGGCUAAGUCCAUUCCCAGUCAGACAUACUCUUCGGAAGUAGUGACACUCUGGUAUCGUCCUCCAGAUGCAUUGCUAGGAGCCACAGAAUACUCCUCUGAAUUGGAUAUCUGGGGUGCAGGCUGCAUCUUUAUUGAAAUGCUCCAGGGCCAACCUUUAUUUCCUGGAGUUUCUGAUAUCAUUGAACAACUGGAAAAGAUCUGGAUGGUAUUAGGGGUCCCUACUGAAGAUACUUGGCCUGGAGUUUCCAAGCUGCCUAACUACAAUCCAGAGUGGUUCCUGCUGAGUAAGCCCCAGAGUCUUCAGGUCGUCUGGAACAGGUUGGGCAAAAUUCCAGGAGCUGAAGACCUAGCCUCUCAAAUGCUCAGAGGCUUCCCAAGGGAUCGGGUCUCCGCCCAAGAAGCUCUUGCCCAUGAUUAUUUCAGUACUCUACCAGCCGAGUUAUACCAGCUUCCAGAUGCGGAGUCUUUAUUUACAGUUCCAGGAGUGAGACUUAAACCCGAAAUCUGCAACCUCUUGGCCUCCUAUCAGAGAAGUCAUCACACCAAUCGAUUUAGCAAGUGUUGGUGAAAAGAGAAUAAAGAAGAAUCACUAAUCCUUCCAGGCAGCUGGAUGGUCCAUUGGGUAGAGCUGGACCCCGAGUCAGAAGAUCUGAAUUAAAAUCUGACCCCAGACACUCAGGAGCCGUGGGAUCCUGGGCAACACCAACUGAGACCCCUCCAGAAUAUUUGCCAAGAAAACGCCAUAUGAAGUCACAAAGAGUCAGACAAAACUGGGCUGAACAGCAGCAUCAAGUGACCACUCUCUAUCUAAGCAAGAGCGGGAGGAGCAGCUAGAUCUAUAGUCCAUCAAUAUUUAUAGCUUUUAACAAUCUGGCUCCAGCUCACCUCUCCAGAUUCACUGCACAUCAUCAGCUUUCAUGAAUUUUUAAGGUCUAAGAAGACUGGCCUACUUCCCAUUCCCUUCGCUUCACCUUCCACUUCCAUAUCUUUGACCAGAUUGUCCUUGUUAUGCCUGGAAUGUCUCCCCACUCCCCCACCUCCACUGCUGAUCAUUCCUAACAUCCUUCAAAGCUCAUCUCAAUCACUGUGUCAUACACAAAGCAUUUUCUGAUCCCCCACAGUUGUUAUAAGACCCUCCUAUCACCCAUAUUACAAAAUAUACACAGAGUAUAUGAAAAGGGACUUAAAAAUUCUGAUCUUUGUAAGUCUAGCAUCUAGCUCAUAGCAAAGUUUUAAUAAACAGUUCAUGAUUGCA